ACAAUUGCGUUACGCACCCCUGGGUAAAACUGAAUAAUCUCCUGCUGUGGUCUGUCAGAUGAUGAACUUUUGAUCAGCAAAACACAAUCGUACAAAUGGCAUUACUAUCAGCAGUUAAGGGGAAGCUCAUUUCCGUUAUUGGAGACGAGGAUACAUGUGUUGGUUUCUUGCUCGGUGGUAUCGGUGAAAUCAACAAAAAUCGUCACCCCAACUUCAUGGUUGUCGAUAAAAACACUGCCGUCGGCGAGAUCGAGGAUUGCUUCAAGCGUUUCAUCAAACGUGAUGACAUCGAUAUAAUUCUGAUUAAUCAGAAUUACGCCGAAAUGAUUCGGCACGUUAUCGAUGCCCACACCUCACCUACUCCAGCUGUGCUGGAAAUUCCUUCGAAGGAUCAUCCGUAUGAUGCCAGCAAGGAUUCAAUCCUGAGACGUGCGAAGGGUAUGUUCAACCCGGAAGAUCUUGUGGCGAACCGUGGCUAAUAUAUUACAGUUAAACUUUACUUCUUUUCCCCGUGUAAUAUGUUAUUUUUGCAAAUUUUAGUUGAAUAAAUCAUUCCACUCAAUGUCUUAA